CUCUUUCCACUACUUGCUGCUCAGAACAUUUGCCGCACCUGCCCAUCAUGAACCCUAAUUUGAACGUCGCUCUGGACGAUAUCAUUACCGAGGACCGGCGGGCGCACCGUCAGCGCAGACACCACGACGCAUCGCCGUACAGGCGCACCGAGGGCAGGCCGCAAGCAUACAAUAGGCAGUCGUCGCUGAGGAAGGACGGCAGUUCCCGUAGGGAUGACGGGAAGUGGGGCCAUGACGAGUUCCAUCGCGGACAAGGAGGCAGUAUUAACGACCGCCUUGGUCCGAACAAGACGGUAGUGCGCCAGGAUGCUAGCCGUGGCGCCAGGAAGGGCCGCGGGAAGUCUGAGAAGGCGCCGGGCCACAUCGACCGUGGAGUGGCUAUCACUGGGCGUGGGCGCGAUCCAGCCCCCUAUGACACCUUCCGCAUGUUGUGGGUGGAGCAUUUGCCACGCAACUAUGAAGAGGACGAGAUCCGUGACCUGUUCAGAAACACGGGCAAGGUUGAGGCUGUGCGCAUGGCCAAGGACAGCAAGGGCCGUUUCCUUGGUAAAGCCGAGGUGCUGUAUACGCUGCCAGAGGACGCGCGCAGCGCCAUUCAGUCUUUUGAUGGUGAGGUUCUCUACUCGACUGACAUUACCCAGGUCGAGCCAUUGCGUGUGACGUAUUCGGACCUGACCAAAUCCCUCUAUCUCGACGAGAUCAAGUUUGAGAACUCGUUGCCGGCGCCCAACUAUGUGCCUGUUGGAAAUAGGCUGGGCGGAGUGCCUGUGGCGACCGCCAACAUGAUGCAGGUGCAGAUGCAGAUGCAAAUGCAAAUGCAGGGGCUCCAAGAGGGUGAUAGCAUGCGUAGAGGCGCGGGCUCUGGACAGAGGCGCGGGUUGUCGACCCAGAAUCGUCGCAGCCAGCAGAGCAACCAAUCGUCACGGCCAACAACCCAGCAGCUGGAUGCCGAUCUUGAUUCGUACAUGAGCUCUAAGUCUGGCCAGAAGACAACGCAAGAGACGCCAGCUGUUACACCAGCUGCCCCUGCCCAUGCCCCUGCUCUGGAGGCUACCCAGACUACUGAAGCUGCUGUAGAUGAUGAUGACCUGUAGCCGGUGUUUUCGUAGGUGCUGAUUACAAAAUAUCCAUUGCCCAUUCUAUAUGAUGCACUGC